AUGGCAGCAGCUUUAGUGAAAAAGCCUUGUAUGAAAUGUAAUAAAGGUAGUGGUGUUACUACAUGCGAUGGAUGUCAACAAACAUUUUGUAUGAAACAUAUUAUUGAACAUCGACAAGAACUUUCAAUAGAAUUGGAAAAUCUUGUACAUGAACAUGAUCUUUUAAGACGUGAUGUAUCACAAGAAAAUCAAGUACACCCUCUUCUAACACAAAUUAAUGAAUGGGAACAAGAAUCACUGACUAGAAUUCAAGUUGUAGCAGAAAAUGCUCGAGCUGAUCUUCAACAAUUAGUUGAUGAAUCUAAAGGUAAACUACGAUUAUUCAUGGAUAAAAUGACAAAUGAAAUUCAAUCAGGACGAGAAUUAGAUGAUUAUACGGAAACAGAUUUAGCUAAAUGGACAGAGAAAUUAAAAGAACUUCGUCAAUUACUCGAAACACAAUUGAAUGUUCAAAUUAUUCGCAAUGAUGAUGAAUCAAUUGCUAUACGUAUGAUUAAAGUACUAGACGAACAACUUCUACAUUCCACGAUCGCUUCAAGAGAAGAACCUGUUGAAAAGAAUAUUAUUCAUGAAGAAACAUUAGCAGUUCCUGAUGAAAGAUUUCAAAAUUUUCAAGGUCGAAUAGUCUUAUCCAAUGAUCGACUUUUAGCAACAUGUUUUGGUACUUAUUGGGAUGGAUCUAAUGUAUAUGGUACUCGUUUAUACACAAAUGGAAUACAUGAAAUUCGUUUUGGAAUUGAAUAUAAAGGAGGUAAUAGUCUUUUCUUUGGUAUAAGAACAGUAUCAAAUGAAAUGCCUCUCCAAACAUUAACUUCAAAAUAUAAUUAUGGUUGGUGGGAAUUAGAUCAAGGUAUUGAAAGUGUUAGUGGACAUCGAGUUCAUCAUGAUAGAGGUAUUCGAACAGGUGAUGAAGUAACAAUGAUAUUAGAUUGUGAUAAUGCACAAAUUCGAUUUGAACAUCAUCGAAUAAAUCAAAAUAGUCAUUUACCUGUUGAUCUUCACAAAUGUCCUUUUCCAUGGAAAAUAUUCAUUACAUUACGAUCACCUAAUGAUAGUAUUCGUAUUCUUGUAUAG